AAUCGUCUUCCAGGUUCCAACCAUGACCACCAACAGCCUCUGCCGCCCUCUGUUGUCAGUUAAUUGUCUUCCUCCACAGAAACUAAACCUAUAUAUGCAUAGAAAUGGCAGACCCAAACUCCACCAGCAGUAUCACCGCCAAACCCAGAGUCGUGAUAUGCAUAGGUGACAUCCAUGGCUACUUCGCCAAGCUCCAAAACCUCUGGUCCAAUCUCCAAACCGUAAUCAACCCAGAAGAUUUUAGCUCCGCUUUGGUCAUCUUUCUGGGUGAUUACUGUGACAGAGGUCCAGAUACCAAGAAAGUCGUAGAUUUCUUGAUUGAUUUGCCCUUGGCCUAUCCAAAUCAAAAACAUGUGUUUCUCUCUGGCAAUCACGACCUUGCUUUUGCGGCUUUUUUGGGGGUUUUGCCGGAGCCCGACGGAGUGUCGUUUAAGGAGGGAUGGAAGGAGUACGAACAGAACGAGGAGCGAGAAGGUUGGUAUAAGGGACUUGGGUACGAGAAUAUGUUUCUGCAGGGGAGGAUGUGGGCUGGGACUGUUAAAGUUCGGUUCGAUGUUAAAGGGACAGAGUAUAAGGUUUCUGUUUAUGAUGCUGGACCUACAUUUGAGUCCUAUGGAGUCCCUCAUGGGUCUGCUGAUUUAAUGCAGGCGGUUCCUGAUGAGCACAAGAAGUUUCUGGCUGAUAUGGUUUGGGUCCAUGAAGAGGAAAAUGUAUGUAUACAGAAUGAAGGAGGAGUUAAACCCUGUAAAUUGAUUGCUGUGCAUGCUGGUUUAGAGAAUGGGAAAAAUAUUGAAGAACAGCUGAAACUUUUGAAGGCCAAGGACAUCAGAGUGCCUAAGGUAGAGGCUCUUAGUGGGAGGAAAAAUGUGUGGGAUAUCCCAAAGGUGAAUUUCCAUAAAUCUACUAUUUUCUUCAGCAGGCACAUGCCUUUCCAAAUGAAGCAUAGAAUUUUAUCUUUGCUUAAUAUGAAGGAAAUGAAUCUGGGAGAUAAAUAUCUUGGCUUACCUUCUUGGUGGGGACAAUCUAAAGUUCAAGCUCUUGACUUUAUUAAGGAGAAACUUAUAGCUAAGACGCAAUCCUAGAAGCAGAUGUCGUUAUCUCAAGCAGGCAGGGAGGUGCUCAUCAAGUCAGUUUUAAGUGCUAUACCUACAAAUUCUAUGGCUAUUCUUAAGUAACCUAAGGGGUUCUUUCGCUAGUUGAACAAUAUCCUCUCUAAUUUUUGGUGUGGGAGAAAGGAUAAGGAGAAAAAAGUGUAGUGGAUUAGUUGGAAAAAGGACUCUCUUCCUAAGGCUUGUGGUGGUUUGGGUUUUCGAGAUAUUUAGCUCUUCAAUUUGGCUUGCUUAGCCAAGCAAUGCUAGAGGCUCAUUCACAACCUUAAUUAUACAUGGGCUUGUGUUCUUAAGGGUUUGCAUUUUCCUCAUUGAUCUUUCUUGCAAGCUUUAGGUACCCCCAGAAGAAGCUUAUGGAUUUGGCAAAGCCUUUUGGCCGGUGAAGAUGUUAUUAAAGAGGGUUACAGACACAAUAUUGGGGAUGGCACUCAAACUCUUAUUUGGUUUGAUCCUUGGAUUGCAAGCAUUGAAGGCUUCAGGGUAUCCUGACCCUUACAGUAGCCACUUCAUGUUUAUUUAGUGGUAGAUCUAAUCGAUCAUGAUUUGUUGCAAUGGAAAACUAAUCUUAUUGAUAUUAUUUUUGAUCCAGUUAUUGCUACAGCAAUCAAAGCUAUUCCUAUUACUCCUUUGGGAAACGAAGAUUCUAUUGUAUGGCACUUUGAUCAUUCAGGUAAUUAUUCAGUUAAGUUUGGAUAUAGAUUUCUAUCUAAUAUCAGACUCUUUUGGUGUAAUCAUGCUAGGGCGACAAGCUUUGUGAGCCCUAACACUUAUAAGCCUAAUCCAGUUGGUUUUGGCUCUUCAUCGUCAUGGUGGUUAGCCGUUGUGAAUGAAUUCUGUGAGGACCAGCUGUGCUUUUGCUUUUUACCUAUUUCUUGUUGGAUCAUUUGGAAAAAGAGGAACCUCGCUAUGUUUGAUCAUAUUGAUCUGAAUCCAGUAGCAGCUGCUGGACAUAUUUCCAAUUCUUUCUUUGAGUUAUCUAGAUUGGUUACUAGGGGAGAUCAUAACACUUCCUCCUUGCAUGAUUUUACUAUGAGUUCGAUGUGGUCUCCUCCGCCAAUUGGAACUCUUGAGCUGAAUAGUGAUGUGGCUUGAAGAGAUGCUGCAUCUUGUGCAACCA